AUGCGGGCCGCGGCGGAGGGGAUGUUCGACCUGGGGUACACGUACGCAGCGUUCCUCGCCGCGUGCAAGGACGCCUACCUGAUAGAAUUGGACUGGCAGAGGCUGAUGAUCGUCACCUGCAUCCCUCCCGGGAUCCUGGGCCUGGCCGCGGCCGCGUUCCUGCCCGAGUCGCCGGUGUGGCUCGCCAGCAGGGGCGACCACGUGGAGGCGGUGCGGAUCUUCGACGGCUUCCGGCGGCUUAAUGGCAGGCCUCCCAAGCUCAUCGAGCUUGAGGUGCAGGACCCUGGACAGGCGCAAGUGGAUCAGCCAGGAUUCGUCGGAGCGUUGGGCAUUGUAUUCGGACCACGCUAUCGGCUGACAACGUGUGUCCUGGCCUACGUCGCGUUCGUGCUCAACAUCUUCUACUACGGUGGCAUGUACGCUCAGCCGCAGGUGAUGACACAGGGAAACGGUCUCGCACCGGGCUGGGAGAUCGUCCUCGGCGGCCCUUUCGACCUCAUCGGCAUCACCGUGGCCACGAUGCUUGCCCAGGCGGCGCCCCGCAAGACGGUGCUGAUGUUCUCGAUCGCGGCGGCGGCCGGCUCCAUCAGCUGCUUCGGCUACGCAGGAUCCCUCCCGAUACGAACGCCUCUACUCGAGGUGAUGUACCAGGUCGGCCUCUUCGGCUUCUACUGGGUGCCAGCCGUGGGCUUCAUCGUCUUCGGGCAGCUGGCCGUGGAAAGCUAUCCGACCCUAGUUGCCGCCACAGGCGGCAGCGUGGCCUUCAGCACCGGCCGCUUUGGAGCGAUGACCGCCCCCCUGCUGUUCGAGCGUGUGCGCGACGUCAGCGGGCAGUGGCAGCUGUUCACCUACCUCACCUCGGCGCUGUGCGCCAUGGGCAUCGUCCUCCUGUGCUGGGAGGCCUGGACGAUCGAGCCGACCAAGGGCGACCCGGCCGAGGUGGCGCCCCCCCUCCGGCGGGUGCCCCUCGCGGACGCCGAGCACGGCAAGCGCCUCCCGCAGAAGGUGCCGAGCUCGCCCUCGCUGGCCCCGCUCGCGGGCGCCCCGUGA